AUGUUCCCCGGACGAAAUGCAGCUGUUCAAGAUAGUGAAGAGGUAACUUCCAACGUAUUGGACAAUGGACCUGUUAUAGAUGCAGUUCCUAUUUCAUUCGCUUAUAUUCCAGAAGGUAGUCCUAGCCGUGGUCGUUGUGAUAUCUGUGGUCGUGGUGGUGGUCGAUGUGAAGAUCAGGGCACAAACACAAGCUCUGAAAAUGAUGAUACGGAUGAUGAUGAUGAUGCAACUGACGCAACUGGUGAACACCAUAAGUGA